AUGAACUUGACUGUGCCACACAGACAAGAGGGCAAAAGGAGGAAAGUCACAAGAGCUUGUGAUGACUGUAGGAAGAAAAAGGUGAAGUGUGAUGGUAACCAGCCGUGUAUACACUGUACUGUGUAUUCCUAUGAAUGUACCUACAACCAUCCCUUAAAGAGGUUGCAAAGCAGGUCGGGUUCUGGGAGUGUCUCCACUCUAAGAGGACUUUCAAAUUCAAACUCAAAUUCGAACUCAUCGAUUGUCAGUUUGGCAAGUCUGAAUCAAUCCAUGCAAGGUUUGGGUACGGGAAGCGGUGUAUCAAAAGUACAGAAAAACUUGAGCUCAAGAAAAUAUAACACAAAGAAUGCUAAACUGCAAGCAGAGCUCGAUGUGUACAAGACUAUAUUCGAGGCUCUGUUCCCGAAUGCUCCAAAUAUAAAGGAUAUUGACGUUCCAACCUUCUUACAAAUCUUUCAAAACUUCAAAAGCAGUGCACCAACGUUUCUUGAUGAUGUUAUGAAAGAGUAUAACUUAAUAGCUAGUGAGAAUACAAUCUCACCGGCUGGAACAGAGGGUAGUCCAGAUGAUAUCAACAGAAGUGAAACAAAUAGUGUUUGCAGUGUCAGAGAUUGUGAAACACCAGUUAUGGAUGCCAAGGAGAACAGCAAGACAUCUCACUCAAGUAGUAUACCCCCAGUUGUGGGAAGAGAGAUCAAAAUUAUUUUGCCUCCAAAGCCCAUUGCUCUGGAAUUUGUUAAGAAUACAUGGGAGCAUUGUUGUGUCCUAUUGAGGUUUUAUCACAGACCAACAUUUAUAAAACAAAUGGAUGAGCUCUAUGAAACAGACCCACAUAAUUAUUCCCAUGAGCAAAUGAGAUUUCUUCCUUUGUGUUACUCAACAAUGGCAGUGGGAGCCCUUUUUUCGAAGUCUAUUAUUCAUGAUGACUUAAACCAUGACCAUACCGAUGAAAUUCUUUCUAACAACAAAUUUUUGCAGGAUGAAGGUUAUAAAUAUUUUAUUGCAGCAAGAAAGCUUUUGGAUAUAACAAAUGCUCGGGAUUUAAAUUCAAUGCAAACUAUUCUGAUGAUGUUUAUAUUUUUGCAAUGUUCGGCGAGAUUGUCAACAUGUUAUACCUAUAUUGGUCUGGCUAUGAGAAGUGUAUUAAGAGAGGGUUUUCAUAGGAACUUGCCAGAUAACAGCAUUCACACUCCUUUGGAAAUUGAAAUGAGAAAGAGACUUUUCUACACUAUUUAUAAGCUUGAUGUUUAUGUGAAUGCUAUGUUAGGACUACCAGGCUCUUUGGACAGAGAAGAUUUUGAUCAGGAAUUGCCUCUUGAUCUCCCAGAUGAAGCUUUAACAGAACAGGGUAUUAAUUAUGAUCAGAAUCCAUAUUCCCUAUCUAGUACCGGGAUUGCCAAUGAGCAUACCAAGCUGUUUAUGAUUCUUGGAGAUAUUUUAAAGCACCUAUACCCUAUAAAAAAAAUUAACAUCUUUAUUUCUCAUAAAACAGUUACAGAUCUAGAGUUAAAAUUAAAGAUGUGGCUGGAAGAAUUGCCUAGGGAAUUGGUUCCUAAUGCCCAUGAUAUACAUCCUCAAUAUGAAAGAGCUAAUAAACUGUUACAUUUAGCAUUCUUACAUGUACAGUUGAUUCUUUAUAGACCUUUCAUUCACUAUAUAUCCAAAAAUGUCAUAAAGACAGAGGAAGAUGAACUAUCAUAUUUAAGGGCUAAUAAUUCCAUCAAGGUCUCGCGAACAGUUGUUCAUUUGGCUCAAGAUAUGCUCAAAAAUAAUUUGUUGACAGGUUCAUAUUGGUACGCAUGUUAUACCAUAUUUUAUUCUGUUGCCGGCCUUCUUUUCUACAUCCAUGAAGCAGAGAAGCCCAAUACAAAUAAUACCGAUGAAUACUAUGAGAUUCUGAAAGACGCUAACGUAGGGCGUGAAGUUCUUAUAAAACUGAAAGAUUCUAGUAUGGCAGCUGAAAGAACAUAUCAUUUGUUAAACAAGCUUUUUGAAAAGCUGAACUCCAAAACAAUAAUCAUGACUAGUUUAUAUUCUUCACCUGAGAAACGAUCUACCAAUUUGGUUGAUAGUAGCAUGGCGAAUGCGAAAUCAGUAGAGGAGACAUUUAAUUCUUACUUAUCGAGUCAAAAUCCAACUGAUAUGUUUCCCCAGUUUCAAGAUAAGUCGACGAAUGGACCAUUGGAAACCUCUAUGCACAAUCAUAUUCAAAAGUCGACCUUCGCACCAAAUGAAGGUGACAUGAUUAACCCCAAUGCUUUAGGAAUGGAUAAUAAUAUAUCUUACGAAAACAACAAUUUUAACGAUCUUGCCAGUUUCUUUAAUUUAGAACCUGAUAAACGCAUGAAGAAUGAGCUUGAUGUGUUGGAGGAUAAUCUAACAAAUCCUAAGUCUUUAAAUCAAAACUCGAUUUAUACUGAGGAAAGGUUGCCAGAAAAUGAAGGAGUGAGAGUUAAAAGUGAACCUGGUGAAGGAAUACAUGGUGUUUUCGAUCAACUAGAUGCGCAUUUAUUUGGGAAAUAUUUACCUACUAAUAACGCCUAA